GUGGCCCAGUAGCGGGAUCGCUAGGCUUCCGCGUUCCGGGCCUGUCGCUGUGGUAGAGGCGGCAGCGGCGGCGGCGGCGGCGGCGGGGUGGCCGAUAGGGACUCGGGCUACAGGAGUAGGGCUCCGGGCAUGGACGUUUCGGGGCAGGAGACCGACUGGCGUAGCGCCGCCUUUCGGCAGAAGCUGGUCAGCCAAAUUGAGGAUGCCAUGAGGAAAGCUGGUGUGGCCCACAGUAAAUCUAGCAAGGAUAUGGAGAGUCAUGUGUUCCUGAAGGCCAAGACCCGGGAUGAAUAUCUUUCCCUUGUGGCCCGACUCAUUAUCCAUUUCCGAGAUAUUCAUAACAAGAAAUCCCAAGCUUCUGUCAGUGACCCCAUGAAUGCACUGCAGAGCCUUACUGGUGGACCCACCCCAGGAGCAGCUGGGAUUGGCAUGCCUCCUCGGGGCCCAGGACAGUCCCUGGGUGGGAUGGGUGGCCUUGGUGCGAUGGGACAACCACUGCCCCUCUCCGGGCAGCCACCCCCUGGAACCUCUGGAAUGGCCCCUCAUGGCAUGGCUGUGGUGUCUACAGCAACUCCACAGACUCAGCUGCAGCUCCAGCAAGUGGCAUUGCAGCAGCAGCAACAGCAACAACAGCAGCAGUUCCAGCAACAGCAGGCAGCAUUGCAGCAGCAGCAACAGCAGCAGCAGCAACAGCAGCAGCAACAGCAGUUCCAGGCACAACAGAAUGCCAUGCAGCAGCAGUUCCAAGCAGUAGUGCAGCAGCAGCAACUACAGCAGCAGCAGCAGCAACAGCACCUGAUUAAGUUGCAUCACCAAAGCCAGCAACAACAGAUGCAACAGCAGCAGCAACUGCAGAGGAUGGCACAGUUGCAGCUGCAGCAACAGCAACAACAGCAGCAACAGCAGCAGGCUUUGCAGGCCCAGCCACCAAUGCAACAGCCACCAAUGCAGCAGCCACAGCCUCCUCCUUCUCAGGCCCUACCCCAGCAGCUGUCACAGAUGCAUCAUCCACAGCAUCACCAGCCACCACCUCAGGCUCAGCAGUCCCCCGUUGCUCAGAACCAACCACCACAACUCCAACCACAGUCACAGAACCAGCCUUUGGUGUCACAAGCACAAGCCCUGUCUGGACCAAUGCUCUAUGCUGCCCAACAGCCACUGAAAUUUGUCCGUCCUCCGAUGGUGGUCCAGCAGCCGCAGGUGCAGCCCCAGGUGCAGCAGGUGCAGCCCCAGGUGCAGCCACAGGCAGCAGUGCAGACAGCACAGUCUGCCCAGAUGGUAGCUCCCGGCGUUCAGAUGAUUGCUGAAGCCUUGGCCCAAGGCGGGAUGCACGUAAGAGCCCGGUUCCCGCCCACCUCCACCAUGUCUGCUGGCCCGUCAAGCUCCAUCUCUUUGGGCGGACAGCCCACGGCACAGGAAAGUGCAUCUAUGAUUCUUGGAGAUGGAGUCCCUGACUUUGCCUGAGGACCCACAAGCAGGAACUAUCUAUCCUCUGCAUAGUCAGACACAGGACACUUGUAUAACUGUCUUCAAAGGAGGGUCCUCUAGCUCAAUACACAUUGGAUUUACAGGGUUGGGUGGAAUUGUGGGGAUAAACCACUUAACAGCAUGGAAUAUUGUUUUUUGUAGACACUAAAGGUCCCCACAUUUUGAGGGUGUGAGGUCUGUCGGAUCGGAUCUUGAGCUGGGUUCUUCAUGUGUAGACUCUUGUGGCGGGUCAUAACUCCAACAUUUAGCUAAGUUUACAAAUGGAAAGGAGCUGGAAGGGAGUUCAGUGCUGAGGAUCAGAAGUCGACCACAGGACUCUCUUAGAAACCCUCGGCCCUGCUUUUGUCACUGAUCUGACAACCUUGUUCUUUCUGCUGACCGACAGAUCUGUCCAUGCAUCUUUGACUAGGUUCUGUAUCUUGCCUCCAUGGCCUGUUGUGGAGUAGUUCAUGCAUUUUCCACUGAGUAGGUCUUCUGAGCUAUAGUACUUCCUAACCCCAGACGGCAAAGAAAUUAAAGGAGAGGAAAGAAAGAGGAGAAAAAGAUAAAUGCUAAAAUAAAAGGUACGUGGAAGAUUUUGGUCACCCUCCAGGAAUGUUGUGGCUUGGUUGAUGGAGUGGUCACUGGUACAUGCCAGCUUGAGUCCUUCAGAUUGACUCAUCGUCCCCUGGUAAGUGAUGGCAGGUAGGGCAUGUGUCCCUGACGCUUUGAGGACUGUGGCAGCAGGGAGAUAGACAGACCUGGGCUGCACUAGGCUCGGAUUUUUUUUUUAUUUUAUUUUUUGUCUGGUUGGUUUUUGGGUUUUGUUUUUGUGUUUGUUUUUUUGAGACAGGGUUUCUCUGUGUAGCCCUAGUGUCCCGGAACUUACUUUGUAAGCGAUGCUAGCUUUGAGAGCUCCCCCUGCCUCUGCUGCCUGAGUGCUGGGAUUAAAGGUGUGGACCACCAUGCCUGACUGGAUUUUUUUUUUUUUUUUUUGGGUCUGGUUUCUGUUUUGUUUGUUUAAGCACAUUCACGUUUGCUUGUCUACUCAGAGGACAAAGGCCCUGAGAAUACUUAAGGGAGAGAUGUUAGUGGAGGCCCUAGAGGCCUCCCUUUGACCAUACAGCAUAGCUGUCAGAUCUCAACCCUUCCUGUGAAAACAAGAACUCCCCACUUUCAAAAGGGCCAGGACAGCACUCUCCAUAUUGUCCGUCUGUGAUACAUGGUGAAUGAAUGUAAGCAGGCAAGACCAUGACAAGUGUUCCUUGAUUCUCUGAAGGAGGACUCCAUCCAUGGUUCAUGCUUGGUUCUGGGUCAGGAACAAGAGCGAUAUAAGUCCUAGAUGCAUGCGUGUAAAUGGUGAGAGAAGAGCAGAAUCCACAGUGCUAGCCUGUCUGAGUUCCCAUUUUCUUCGGCUCUCUACCCAGAUUCUUGCUUCUGUCCGAGCCAUGCGUAUAGUUCCCACUGUCACCCUUCACCAUUAUUGAGGCACUGCUGUUUACAGUGCCUUUGCUGUCCCUGUGAGCCUCUAGCUCUGUGACCUUGACAAACGAUUUCCCUGUUUUCACCAGUGUUCCUGCCUGUAACAUGCAAGGUGUGAUGGUUUAUAUACGCUUGGCCAAAGGAGUGGCGCUCUUAGAAGGUGAGGGUGAGGCCCUGUUGGAGUGAGUGUGUCACUGUGGGUGUGGGCUUUAAGACCUUCACAGUAGCUGCCUAGAAAUCAGUACUCUGCUAGCAGCCUGCAGAUGAAGAUGUAGAACUCCUCCUGCACCAUGCCUGCCUGGAUGCUGCCAUGUUCCUUCCUUGAUGAUAAUGGACUGAACCUCUGAACCUGUAAGCCAGCCCCAGUUAAAUGUUGUCCUUGUAAGAGUUGCCUUGGUCAUGGUGUCUGUUCACAGCAGUAAAACCCAUCAUAGUGGGGUAUUCCUGUGACAACCUGACCAUGUUUUGGGGAGGACUGUGGAAGGACUUUGGAACUUGGGGCUACAGGAGCCUCUGGGUGUUAAGAGCUCUGUGGGAAAAGAAAAAAAAAGAAAAAAAAAGAGCUCUGUGGGAUGCUCUGUAGGAGCUUGGACGACAAUGUUGACAACAGUGCAGAAGAUGGAGGCCUGGCUUGUGAAACUUCAGAGGGAAGAUUAAAGACUCUUAUCAGAACCGUUGCUGUUUUGAUUGUGAAGAUUCUGUGGUUCUGGUUAGCUGGGGCUAAAGAAUCAGCCGUGAUUAACAAGAUCCCAGAACCACUAAAGCGAAACCUUUGCAUUACUGGGACUAUUGAUGCUGGUCAGCUGGAGCUAAGAAAUUAGCGGUGAUUAAGAAGAGAACAGCAUCAUUGAGGUGAAAUCUCCUGGGAAGUGUUUCUGAGAGCACAGAGAAGCUGUGUUCCAGAAGCAGCCACAGUUGUACCUCGUGUUGGCAGCCGGGCUUGGUAGUGUGUAAGAGUCACCCAGGUGGUACUGGUUUUGAAGGCAUGAAGGGGUCAUGAAGAGCAGCUGAGGCACGGCACUGUGAGAGGCCACUGGUGAAGGUGCAGCUUCAGUUGCAAUUGAUGGCCCAGGACUGAAGGGGUCAUGCAAAGGAGUUGAGGCUUGGUUCCAUGAAGAGAGCCUGUGAGAGACUAUUGGUAAAGCCUGGUUGCAGCAGAAGACAGCAGUGUUUUAGAGAUACCAGUACCUUGAGAUGACCACUAAGAACAGUAGCAGCAGCAGUGGAGAACAGGCAGCUGGAGCCUAGAAGACAAGGUGUGUGCUACAGAGGGCAGAGCUGGAGAAGUGACCCAAGCCCUUGGAAAAUCCCAGAAAAUCCCAAGUAGAUUCCAGACAUUGGAUGGUUAGAGUUUGAUUUUGCUUUUGAUUGUGACUGUGCCCUGGUAUUUUUCCCUCUUGAAGGAAGAAAGUAUUUUAGUGGAGCCCACAGUUAAAGAGACUUUGAAUCGAAAAAAGAGUGAGUUUAAAAGAGAUUGGAUAUUUUAAAGGGAUUGAAAUUUUAAUAUGUAAGCAUUUGUAAAGACUGUGGGACUUUUUUUUUUUUUUUUUCCGGAGCUGGGGACCGAACCCAGGGCCUUGCGCUUGAGCGCUCUACCGCUGAGCUAAAUCCCCAUCCCUGACUGUGGGACUUUUAGAGCUAUUUAGAUCUUGGGGAUAAAUAAGAAAGUAAGGGUUGAGGCUUAAUAGUGAUGUGUUUGUGUGUCAAGUUGACAAGGGGUCAAUUGUACUGGCUGGUUUUGUGUAUCAACUUGACACAAGCUGGAGCUAUCACAGAGAAAGGAGCCUCCCUUGAGGAAAUACCUCUAUGAGACCCAGCUGUAAGGUUUUUUUCCUCAAUUAGCGAUCCCCGAAGGGAGGACCCAGCCCAUUGUGGGUGGUGCCGUCCCUGGGCUGGUAGUCCUGGGUUCUAUAAGAAAGCAAGCCAGUAAGUAACAUCCCUCCAUGGCCUCUGCAUUAGUUCCUGCUUCCUGACCUGUGAGUUCUAGUCCUGACUUCCUUUGGUGAUGAACAGCAAUGUGGAAGUGCAAGCUGAAUAAACCCUUUCCUCCCCGA